UGUUUUUAAAACUUGAAAAUAAUAUGUCGAACACCAAGUCCACUGUGAGAGGAAGAACGAUAGUUGGUUAUAUUCUCCCAAAGGAUGUUCCCGAACAAAGAAGUGACGAUGAAGAUUCAGAAACGGAGGAAGAAGAAGAAAACGAACCAGAAUUUUUAGACAUGGAUGAAAUAGAUCGUUUAUCGUCCGGGGGGCAAAUUAUCAGCGUUUCACGGCCUAGACGCACGGAAGUGGUGCUGAAUGACCCGCAGUGUGACAGGCAGUGGCGGGUGGAGGGCAGGUUCCCCUACACAGAGCCCUGGUGGGAGGUGACCUGCAGGGUUAAUCUGGGACGGAGGAAGCCCAGCCUCCAGGGGGCGCCCUCCUACCGCCUGAGGAGCUGCCCCCUCCCGCAGGAAGCCCGGUCCAUCGCGGCCCUCUUCCUGAACGCGUGCGGGACCUCGCCCGACCACGUCACGAAACUCAUGCAGUGGUUGCCACGGGAACGGGCGGUGAGCCUCGUGGACCUGUUGGAGACGCUGAGCGAGUUUGCAGAGGGAGACGAAGAGCGCAAAGCCGCGGCCAAACAGAUCAAAGACUCUGUCCUUAACUCGGACGCAGGGAGGUGCGUGCAGGCAGCUGCAGCGUAUCCACAGGUGAUGUUCUACCUGCCCACGCUGUUGCCACGGCAAUUCUGCGGGCUCGUUCAGAAGGGGGGGUCCAAGCUGGCCAAACUGGAAGAACUGAUCAAAACAGAUGUGUGGAAGCUGGGGUUUAAGAGUCUGCUGCAGGAGGAGGUGGGGCUGUUGAGGUGUGAGGCGGGGCUGGAGGCACUGAAGGCCUGUGGGCUCUGGGGGUGGAUCCCGGACCUGCAGCAGCACAGCCUGCAGGUGUACCAGCAGCUGAAGGAGCACCGGAGGACCGGCAGCACCUACAUGGAGAUGCAGGAGCUGCAUAAGGUGUCAGGGCUGGAGUACGAGCCAGAGACCUGGGAGGCGGUGGGCUUCCUCAGGGCCCAGGGCGUGGUGGUGCAGGAGAAGAGGUUUGUGGCGCUGGCGGAGUACCACGGCUACGAGACGGGCAUCGCCGAGAGCUUGCGGCACCUGGUGGACGGAGAGCAGUGGUGCCUGCAGCUGGACGUGAGGGAGGUGCUCCGGGCCGGGCUGGGGGGCGCAGCCGGGCUGGGGGGCGGGGCCGGGCUGGGGGGCGAGCGUGAGCUGGACCUGGACCAGGUGCGCGCGGCGGAGAUGAUCUGUGCCAACGCGCUGACGGCGAUCAGCGGGAAGGGCGGCUGUGGCAAGACCACGGUGGUGAGUCUGGUGUUCGGGGCGGCCCUGGAGCAGCAGCGCAUUCAGGACGACCACGAGGUGAACCAGGCCAGCCAUGACUUCCAGAACGACACCGGGGGGUCGCAGAGCUGGGACGUCCCGCUGCCCCCCGCCCAGCCCCCGCCCGUUCCCACAGAGGGCCGUCUCUCCUCAGAGAAAAGGGUUGAGGUGCUGCUCACUGCCCCCACAGGCAGGGCAGCCGCCAUACUGACCAAGAGGACCAAGUUCACUGCGUACACCUUACACCAGGUGAUUUGGAGUUUUAUGAACUGGAAGAAGGAUCAGCAGGGUAAGCUGGAUCAGCAGGAUGAGCAGGAUAAGAGCAGCGCCCUGCAGGAGUGGAAGUUUGCGGCAGUGCGGGCGCUGGUGGUGGACGAGGGCAGCCUGGUCAGCGUGCAGCUCCUGCACUCCGUGCUCCAGAUGCUCAUAGACCACGCCCGCCUGAGGAAGUUUGUCCUGCUGGGGGACGUGAGGCAGCUGCCCAGCAUCGACCCUGGGAACACUCUGCACGACCUGUUCCACAGCCUGGCCCGAGUGGGCCGGGCCAUCGAGAUGAGAACCAAUCACCGCGCAGAAUCACAGCUCAUCGUCAGGAACGCCAGCCUGAUCUCAGAGCGCAACAGCUCUCUGGAUUUUGAUGCCGUAGUGAAGAUGGACGCCUACCCCACCACACCCCCCCCUGAGAAGAGCUUCAUCCACGUCAUACUGCCUGAGGAGUGCACAGAUUACAAUCUGCAGGACGCUGUCCUGCUGCUCCUAAAAUCCGCCCAGGGGCUGAAGGACCACAAGUCUUCCCAAUUCAUCGCUUUCAAAAGGAAGGAAUGCGAUCUGAUCAACGAGCUUUGCUGUAAGCAUUAUUCUCAGCACACGACCAGGGACCACAGGAACAGACUGUUGUUUCAGCAGGGAGACAAAGUGUGCUGCACGAAAAAUGGCUACGUUACGGACCGAGAGAAAGAGCGGGAACUGCAGAGGACGCUCCAGAACGGCGAGAUGGAGGACAAGAAGAAGAUGGCAGCGAGGGACCGGCUCUGCAACGGGGAGAUUUUCUUCAUCACGGGGGACAUGACAGAGGUGACUGGCAGCCGUAAGCGGGACCAGAAGCGCUACCUGACGCUGGAUGACCGCGAGGGUCGGGAGCUGACCGUGUGCUUCAGAGAGCUUCAGAGAGAGUGCAGGCCGCGGCAUGCCUGGGCCAGGACCAUACACACCUUCCAGGGCUCGGAGGCAGAGACCAUGGUGUACGUGCUGGGGAAGGCCAACGUCAUCCAGUGCUGGAAGCACGUCUACACUGCGGUGACGCGGGGACGGAGGCGGGUCUACGUGGUUUCCACGGCCGCGGACCUACGGGCCACCGUGAGGAAUAAGGACAGGCAGCGGCACACGCGUCUGGGGGAGCUGGUGCGGAGGGAGUUCCCCCUGGCUGGGGAAGACCUGAACGGCACCCAGGCCCACGCCCCAUGCCAGGGAACACCAGCCCCGAGCCAAGCCCCUACCCAAACCCCGACCCCCAGCCCUGGCCCACCCCUGGCCCCUCACCCCUCCAGCCAGCCACAGAGAGCCUGCACCCCUGCCACACCGACACUACCUGGAAGUUUCCGGAAGGCUGGAGCGGAGCAGGAUGCGGAGGACGUGGCCUUCACCGACGCCUACACCUGGUCCCCCAUGGGCAGCAUCGACGCGUCCUGCGCAGAGGGGGAUUGUGGGAUGGCCAUGGAAGAGGCAGAGGAUUCUACCCCCUCUGCCCCCUCAACCCCCUCUGCCCUCUCUACUCCCUCUGCCCCCUCUACUCCCUCUACCCCCUCUACUCCCUCUGCCCCCUCUACUCCCUCUACCCGCCAGCCAGGUUGCCCCCCCUCCCCCUGCGAGGGCACCCCAUCCAAACAGCCCCGGCUGGCGCCGGAGGAGUCACCGGUGGGCUCGGCCCGUCUCGAGAGUCUGUCCCUGGACACCCCCUGCAAGGGCAGGAAGCGGAUCUUCCAGGACUGACGGACACAAGCCCCUCCCUCUGCGGGAGGAUUCCUGUCUGCCUGGGGAGGCACGGCCCUCCAGAUACGGCCUGGACUGGGACCCUGCUGGUCUGGGA